UUUUUCAAGCUGUGAGCUCAACCGAUGAGUCAGAGUCGUGCAAUCCUGACACUGCAUCGCAGGACUGGGGGUGACACGCAGGGAGGGAGAGCGCUCUCGAGGCGGACUGUACGGGCGCGGGGCGCGCCGAGGCUGCCGUGUGUCGAGCAGCGGGUGACAGCACGCACGUCCCGCCCGGGCCCUGCCAGCAAACUUCCCAGCUUCGGGAGGCGCGGGCUUGGCGAAAGCCCGGCGAACGCCGCAGGGAGGCGACGGCGCCUGUUUGUUUUUAAAAAUCCGGGAGUGCGUGCAGGCGGCUGGGCUCUUCGGAGGCGACCCAAGGCGGCGGUGGCGGCCCGCGGCGGAAGGGAGGGAGACUGGGGCCGGAGGCCGAGCGGGAGCUGGGCUCCAGGAUCCAGUACAGCAUCAUGACUGGGGACGUGUAGCUGAACUCAACGGCCUCUCCAGAAGAGGAAGGGACAGCGGACUUUUCUUGGCUCCUGUGUUUUCCUCUGCCCCUCUUCUGUCCUCACUGGCUUACCGGACUGGGACAGGGGCCAAGCUUCCAGCAGGACCUUCUCCCAAGGGAUGGGCAGCUGCUGAAGGACGGCUCAUUGCCAGGGCUUAGUUGGCCACAUCAUGAACCUCCAGGCCCAGCCCAAGGCUCAGAAUAAGCGCAAGCGUUGCCCUUUUGGGGACCAGGAAUCAACUUCCAAGGAACAGCCACCACCCCUGAAGGCACCACCACAGUCCCUCAGAGCGAAGGAGGAACAGUACGAGGCCCACGAAGCAGCAGGGGUUGCCUCCACCACCCAGCCUGUGGAGCUGCCUCCUCCCAACAGCCUGACGCUGCUGAACUCUGUGGUGUACGGAUCUGAGCGGACCACGGCAGCCAUGUUGUCCCAGCAAGCCCAAGUGAAGUGGCCCAACUCAGUGAUGGCUCCGGGGCGGGGCCUGGAGCGUGGAGGAGGUGGGGGCAUCAGUGACAGUGGCUGGCAGCAGCAACCUGGCCAGCCGCCACCCCACCCUGCAUGGAACCACCUGUCCCUCUACAGUGGCCCCAAAGGGAGUCCUCAUCCAGGUGUGGGUGUCUCUCCCUACUAUAACCACCCUGAGGCACUGAAGGGGAGCAAAGCUGGGGGUCCACAGCUGGAUCACUAUGGAAACGCAGUGCAGCCCAUGGUGCCCCAGAAGGUGCCGCUGGAGGUGGGGAGGCCCCAAGCACCCUUGAACUCUUUCCACGCAGCCAAGAAACCCCCCAACCAGACCCUGCCUUUGCAACCCUUCCAGCUGGCAUUUGGCCACCAGAUGAACCGUCAGGUCUUCCGACAGGGCCCGCAGCCCUCUAACCCCACCGCCUCCUUCCCACCUCAGAAGCAGCCGCAGCCGCAGCCGCAGCAACCGGCAGCCCUGUCCCAGAUACCACUGUUUGAGAACUUUUAUCCCUUGCACCAGCCACCUUCACAGCAAGCCCAGGACUUUGGCCUGGCACCGGGCGGGCCACUGGGACAGACGCACCUGCCUCAUCACAGCAUGGCCCCCUACCCUUUCCCUCACAACCCAGAUAUGAACCCAGAACUGCGCAAGGCCCUCCUGCAGGAUUCCGCCCCACAGCCUGUGUUACCUCAACCCCAGAUGGCCUUCCCACGUCGCUCCCGCCGUCUGUCCAAGGAGGGGAUUCUGCCUUCCAACUCCCUCGAUGGAGCUGGUACCCAACCUGGGCAGGAGCCCACAGGCAAUCUGUUCCUUCAUCACUGGCCUCUUCAGCAGCCACCACCAGGCUCCCUAGGGCAGCCCCACCCGGAGGCCCUGGGUUUCUCAUUAGAACUAAGGGAGUCACAGCUUCUGGCUGAUGGGGAGAGACUAGCACCCAACGGUCGGGAGCGGGAGGCUCCCCCCAUGGGUAAUGAGGAGGUCAUGAGGUCUGGGGGUCUAGGGGACUGUGGACAGAUGAUACGAGGUGGGGUGAUCCAGAGCACAAGACGGAGGCGCAGGGCAUCCCAGGAGGCUAACUUGCUGACACUGGCCCAGAAGGCGGUGGAGCUGGCUUCACUGCAGGACGCCAACGGCUCUGAGGAAAAGCGGAAAAGUGUGCUGGCCUCCACUGCCAAGUGCGGAGUGGAGUUUUCUGAGCCUGCCUUAGCUGCCAAGCGAGCACGCGAGGAGAGUGGGAUGGUGCCCCUCAUCAUCCCAGUAUCUGUCCCUGUGCGGGCUGAGGUGGCCCAAGUGGGAAGUGUCGAUGAGGACGGGAAAGGUCUUGAACAGUACCCUGCUGAGCACAAGCCAUCGGUCAUCGUGACUCGCAGGCGGUCACGAGUUCCUGGGACGGAUGCUUCAGCUCAGGCUGAAGACCUGAAUGUCAAGUUGGAGGGAGAGCCUUCCAUUCGGAAACCAAAGCAGCGGCCACGGCCCGAGCCCCUCAUCAUCCCCACCAAGGCGGGCACUUUCAUCGCCCCUCCUGUCUACUCCAACAUCACCCCCUACCAGAGCCACCUUCGCUCUCCUGUCCGCCUAGCUGACCACCCCUCUGAGCAGAGCUUUGAGCUGCCCCCCUACACACCGCCCCCCAUUCUCAGCCCCGUCCGGGAAGGCUCUGGCCUCUACUUCAAUGCCAUCAUAUCAACCAGCAGCAUCCCAGCCCCUCCUCCUAUCACGCCAAAGAGUGCCCAUCGUACCCUGCUCCGUUCUAAUAGUUCUGAAGUCACCCCGCCCGUCCUCUCUGUGAUGGGGGAGGCCACCCCUGUGAGCAUCGAACCACGGAUCAACGUUGGUACCCGGUUCCAAGCAGAAAUCCCCAUGAUAAGAGACCGUGCCCUGGCAGCUGCAGACCCCCAUAAGGCUGACUUGGUGUGGCAGCCAUGGGAGCAUCUUGAGAGCAGUUGGGAGAAACAGAGACAAGUGGAUGACCUGCUGACAGCUGCCUGCUCAAGCAUUUUCCCUGGUGCUGGCACCAACCAGGAACUGGCCCUGCACUAUCUCCAUGAGUCUAGAGGGGACAUCCUGGAAGCACUGAGUAAGCUGCUGUUGAAGAAGCCCGUGAGGCCCCACAAUCACCCACUGGCAACUUACCACUACACAGGCUCUGAUCAGUGGAAGAUAGCUGAGCGGAAGCUGUUCAACCAGGGCAUCGCCAUCUACAAGAAGGAUUUCUUCCUGGUGCAGAAGCUGAUCCAGACCAAGACUGUGGCCCAGUGUGUGGAGUUCUACUAUACCUAUAAGAAGCAGGUGAAAAUUGGCCGCAAUGGGACGCUCACCUUCGGCGAUGUGGAUACAAGGGACGAGAAAUCAGCCCAGGAAGAAGUGGAAGUGGACGUUAAGACUUCUCAGAAGUUCCCAAGGGUGCCUCCUCCCAGAAGAGAGUCCCCCAGUGAAGAGAGGCUGGAGCCUAAGAGGGAAGUGAAAGAACCCAGGAAGGAGGGGGAGGAGGAGGUGCCAGAAACCCAGGAGAAGGGAGAGCCGGAAGAAGGGCGGGAGCGCAGCCGCAGGGCCGCGGCUGUCAAAGCUACGCAGACACUACAGGCCAAUGAGGCGGCCAAUGAUGUUCUCAUUCUCCGGAGCCACGAACCCAAUGCCCCGGGGCCUGCGGGUGCUCAGACCUCAGAGAAAGCAAGGGAGGGGCCCGGGAAGUCGAGAAGAGCGCUGCCUUUCACAGAGAAGAAGAAGAAACCCGAGACAUUUAAUAAAACCCAAAACCAGGAGAACACUUUCCCUUGUAAAAAAUGCGGCAGGGUGUUUUACAAGGUGAAGAGCCGGAGCGCUCACAUGAAGAGUCAUGCCGAGCAGGAGAAGAAGGCUGCAGCUCUGAGGCUGAAGGAGAAGGAGGCUGCAGCUGUGCACCAGCAGGCGCUGAGGGAAGAGAGCGGGGAGGGUGAGAAGGGCUGAGGCCCUGCUGGACCCUCUCACUGGUCCCGCCCCCACCCUGCACCCGGGAAACCUCUAGAGGGAGCCAGGAGAGGGUCACGUGGACUUUGCUCUGCAAGACAAAUCUGAUAAUGAAAAAUAAACAGGCUCUUUUAUUUACAAAGGCCAAGGACAGUGUUAAGGGCUGCAGGAUCCAGUUCUCAGUGUCUGGUCGAGUUGUUCUGCUUUCCUGGAGCCCCGAGAGGCCAGGCCCCUUGGAAGGGCGAAGGGCUCUGCGGUUGCCUCUGGGGUCUCUGUUCUUGCCAAUCUCUUCGCAUCUGUCCUCUUCUAUCCCGGGUCCCUAGUAAGCCACCAUGGGAAGCCAAGCACAAGUUCACCCGGUGCCAGAUUAUUGCUCCUCCCCCAGAGGACCUGGAAGGCUGUGCAAACCUUGCCCCAAACAAAGGAACUCCUCAGAGAACGGUGGCCUUAACACCCGUGUUGUUCCUGAACAACUGCGGCCAGGCCAGAGCUGCUCGAAUGGUCUGGGUUCAGGUCACCACCUGCCUGGGAGGAUCUUGGAGGGCAGUUUCGACCUCUUUGCUGCUUGUUAGCAGCCCGUCUGGGGCUGCAACAGUUUUCUCGGACAUUUGAGGAAGGGGCCGCUGUUCAUGUCCCUACCUUCAGCGUGCUGCAGAAGAUGCACCGCCAGGCCGAGGGAUCUUUUGACAAGCCUGAUGACUCUGCCUGCUGCCUACCAUUUUAUACCGUUGGGUCCUGGAGGCUGCUAAGGGAGCCUCAAGCGGGCCCUAGAAAGGCCCGGCCUGCUCUUAGGUGCCAGCUCCUGUCUUGUUUGACUCACUCUUAGUAGUAGCUGCCACCUAACCCCACUCAGUGUUGAUAUUCACAGCCUCUCCCUCCCACCUCACCCCUCCCCUAUCCUGCAUGCUGGAGAUUUCUGGAUCCUUCCCUGGGAGGGGAUGUCCCCUAACUAGACUAGCCAGGAGCCUUCAUUCCUCGACUUGUGUCAUUUGGGAACUAUUUAUUUAUUCUUAAUAUUUAAUUUUUAACAUCCUCAGGGACCAGGGGCCUCUUGCUUUUUAGAGGUCCAAGUGCAUUUAUCCCAAAAUAAGGCACCUUCUUGGCAUCCUCACCCCCACCCCCCAAUUCCAAGGCUCUAGGGUCCCUUACCUUGUUGCUCUUGCUGGUAGGAAUGGUAGGUAGUAGUGCUGAACCGACUGGGAAGGUGGGGAGUGUCAUUAAAGUCACAGGAAACUGGCAGAUGUGGGUGAGGUCAAAGACAAUUCUCUGGCCUGCCCUUUCUGUACUUUCAAAAUGCUUGAGGGAGUUGGCAGGAGGCCAAAAUUCUAGUUUUGUUUAUCAGCCUGGAUUCUGGCUUGAAGAAACCAUAUUUGGCAUGAAAUUACUGAAGGGCUGGAGUGUUCUGGAGGUCCCUUCACUUGCCAGUUCCAUAGGGGGCCUAAGUUGUUUUUCUGAUAUUAUUACUCAGUUUUAAGUUGUGCAGAAGAAAGUCUAAGUGGAUGUGUCUGAGUGGUCAACAUGUUAUUUAAGAGCUAAAAAGGAUUCUUUCACUAUUCAGUAGGAGAUGGCCCACAGCCAACUGGAAAUAGAUGGGGUGUUUUUAAGCUAUGCACUAUUGGGUAUUUUUUACAUUCAUUUAUGCAUCAGUAUGGUUCUAUGAGAGCUGCCUAUGGAAGUAACAAAAAUGUCUCCUAAACCUUCAGCUUCCCCAUUAGUUUCUUUCAUAGGCUUCUACAAACUCAAAGCCUCGAGAUUGCAAAAAUCUGGUACCCUCUGGAAGCAAGAGGACAGCAAAUUUAGGCUUUCUCCUAAAUCACUUGUAUAAUGAGUGCCUUCACAGCUUAGCCCCAAAGUGCUACUUAGGUUUCCCAAGGUUUUUUUUUGUUUUGUUUUGUUUUUUUUUUUUUUUUCCCUAUUUAAACCAUAUUUGGCUCAGGCCCCUUGGACAUGUGAUAUCAGACAUCUUCAACCACAUGAGAUUCUCCUGCUCAGUGUGAGAUUCUCCUGCUCAGUGGUUCCAAUCAGUCCUUAGAAAUCUUAAUAAAAGAGUGAUUCUACUUUUCUAAGUUCACAGAGACCAGGCCAGACGAAUAUAGCCGGAAAGAAAUUAAGAUGCUACCUUUCGGUAGUGAUCUCAUGAGACACUUUUCUUAGAAGAGUCCAUGAUCCAGGGUGCAGUGUGAAAACUGCACUGUCUCAAGGGCAGAUCCAGCUGUGGCAAGUAGCCACAGAGGCUGACGCAGGCACAUCCUUACUGGUGCUUUCUCAUAGGGACACACUGGGCUUGGUUUUUGUUGUUUUUAUUAUUAUUGCUAUUAUUAUUCAGAGCUCUUUGCUGUAAGAAUAAGUAACAACUUCAGCUUGAUGUUAGCCAUCCUAGACCAUCUCACCUUACCUGUCUCCCAGCCUCCACCGGCGUUCAGUGAAGGGCGUGAAACUGACAUAGUGCCUGUGUUCUGGACCAUUUCUGGCCUCUCUUGCCCGUCUAAGGAGGCAGUGCCAUUACUACUGUCCUCCGCGCCUUCAGCAGCCCCUCCUAGCUAAGGUACAUACCUACCCUUCUGCCACCCCGCCCUCACCCCUGGCACAGAGACCCUGUGCUGCUGAUGUCUAAAGGGAUUGCCUAUAUUUAACUGCCUCAGUGACCUAACCUCUUUCUUCUCACAUGCCUGAUGUUAAAGAUGAAGGAGGAAUACAACACAUACUCAAGCCUCAGCUGUUUAAAUGUUUUUAUUGGGGCUCACUUUUCUGGGUUGUUAUUUAUUACUAGACUGGCAAAGCCUAACUCUUUAGGUUUUUACAGGAAGUAUGCAUAUUUUUAUAAAACAGUUGUGUCUGACCCACAUUUGGCUGUUUGUUGCCUCAAAAAAAAAAAAAAAAAUUGCAGCUGUUAGAACUUUUCCUCAUUUGUCUGUUAAGUUGAAGGCCUUGUUGGAGAGGACAGAGCACAGAAACAGCCUUGACAGUCUGUAAUUAUUGUACAAAUAUUUUAAUAGCAUAAAAUAAGUAUAUUCCUUUUAUUUUGAAACAAAAUGAUCAGACACUGCCUUUCAUGUGUUUGUUGCCUGUGGCACUCUUUUUAAAAAAGACUGUUACAUAUUAAAUAGUGUACAUAUAUAUAUAAAUAUUACCUCUUUUGCUGUACAGUUGUGAUAGACCAGACUGAAAAUUUUAUUUUUUGUGUGCUUUUUAUAAAAAAAAUUAAUACACUAAAGAGAAUCUUGCUGUGAUUGUAAUGUACCUAUGUAACUUAUUUACUUUUGAAUGUUCUGUAUCUUAAGACCUUUUAUUAAAUAAAAUUUUAAAAAAUUCA